AUGGAGUUUCUGCGGGCGCUCUGGCUGUGCGUGGGGGUGGCGGGCAGCCUCCUGCCGGCGCCCUGCCAGGGGCACCCCCAGCCCUGCCACAUCCUCGCCAGGGUCGGGCACACGGUGCGCCUGGGCGCGCUGCUGCCCCUGGGGGGAGCGCAGAGCCGGGUGCGCAGCGCCCUGGCCAGGGCGAGCCGGGCCAGCUGGUUCCCCUAUAACCUGAGCUUGGAGAUCGUGCCGGGGGCUCCCCGGGAGCGGGACCCGGCGUCGCUGGCUCGCUGGCUGUGCCAGGCGCUGGUGGUGCAAAAGGUGGCGGCCGUGCUGGCCUUCCCCCAGUCCCGGCAGGAGCUGCUCCAGCUGGAGUUCCUCUCCGCCUUCCUGGAGAUCCCCUUCCUCAGCGUCGUGGAGCUGGAGCAGCGGCUGCCCUUCAGCACCCAGAAUCCCUUCCACCUGCUCAUGGACCGGAAGAGCCCCAUGGAGACCCUGGUGGACGUGCUGGACAGCGUCCUGCAGACCAACGACUGGCAUGAGAUCACCCUGGUGCUGUGCCACGCCUGGGACGUUUCUGGCUUCCUGGAUUUCUGGACCAGCAACACCGACCUCUUCCUGAGAACCAUCCUGGACCUGAGCUACCUGGACGAGCCAGGCGCUGCCCGCUACCUCCGCCAGCACUUGGAGGAGCUCAAGGAGCUGGCUGGCCCAGUGCUGCUCUUUGGCUGUGACGCCCGCCUCUCACAGAUGGUGUUCAGGGCGGCCUCGGCGUCGGGCCUGAUGCUGCAGGACUUUCACUGGAUGCUGGGGCACCCGUUGAACGUGGACGAGCUGCAGACGGAGGGGCUGCCCCUGGGCCUCCUGGCUUACGGGGAGGUCAACAGCCCCACGUUGGAGCAAUUCACCCAGGACGCGGUGGAGUUGGUAUCCCGGGCCAUCUCCAGCGCCAUGUACAUCCGGCCCGACCUCACCCUCAUCCAGAGCAUGGUGAACUGCAACGACAAGCACGUGGAAGGCUCGGAGUCCUCUGGGCACUACCUCUCCAGGUUCUUGGCCAACACGUCGUUCCACGGGCGGACGGGGCGGGUGUCUGUGCGGAAUACGUCGCUGGUGCACACCGAGCACCGCUACAGGAUCUGGAGCCUGCUGCGCGACUCCCUGGGGGAGCCCACCUGGGUGACGGUGGGCAGCUGGCAGGACAGCAAGCUGGAGGUGGAGGAAGGGUUCUGGCAGACCCAACUGCAGCGCAAGAGCCCGGGCAGCGGGGGCGGCUUCUCACGGGUGAAGCUGCGGGUGGUGACGCUGGUGGAGCACCCGUUUGUCUUCACGCGGGAGGUGGACGAGGACGGGAGCUGCCCGGCCGGGCUGCUGUGCCUGGACCCCCACACCAAUGACUCGGCCGUGCUGGAGGCCCUCUUCGAGGCGCUCAAUGCCGAGAACGGCUCAGUGCCCCUGGAGUACAAGAAGUGCUGCUACGGCUACUGCAUCGACCUGCUGGAGAAGCUGGCUGAGGACCUGCCUUUCGAUUUCGACCUCUACAUCGUCGGGGACGGCAAGUACGGGGCCUGGAAAAACGGGCAGUGGACGGGGCUGGUGGGGGACCUGCUCAGCGGCACGGCCCACAUGGCCGUCACCUCCUUCAGCAUCAACUCGGCCAGGAGCAAGGUCAUCGACUUCACCAGCCCCUUCUUCUCCACCAGCCUGGGCAUCCUAGUGAGGACCAAGGACACAGCCUCGCCCAUCGGCGCCUUCAUGUGGCCCCUGCACUGGACCAUGUGGGUGGGGAUCUUUGUGGCCCUGCACCUGACGGCGCUCUUCCUGACCCUCUACGAGUGGAAGAGCCCCUACGGCAUGACCCCGCACGGGCGCAACCGCAUGAAGAUCUUCUCCUACUCCUCGGCCCUCAACCUCUGCUACGCCAUCCUCUUCGGGCGCACCGUCUCCAGCAAGACGCCUAAGUGCUACACCGGCCGCUUCCUCAUGAACCUCUGGGCCAUCUUCUGCCUCUUGGUGCUCUCCAGCUACACGGCCAACCUGGCCGCCGUCAUGGUGGGGGAGAAGACCUUCGAGGAGCUCUCGGGGAUCCAUGACCCCAAGCUGCACCACCCCUCGCAGGGCUUCCGCUUCGGCACCGUGUGGGAGAGCAGCGCCGAGGAGUACAUCAAGAAGAGCUUCCCCGAAAUGCACGAGUACAUGAGGCGCCACAGCGUCCCCACCACCCCUGCCGGGGUCACCAUGCUCAAGACCGAGCCCCCCACGCUCAACGCGUUCAUCAUGGACAAGUCCCUUCUGGAUUACGAGGUCACCAUCGACUCGGACUGCAAGCUCCUCACUGUGGGGAAGCCGUUUGCUAUUGAAGGCUAUGGAAUCGGGCUCCCCCAGAACUCGCCCCUGACCUCCAACCUCUCUGAGUUCAUCAGCCGCUACAAGUCGGCCGGCUUCAUGGACCUGCUGCACGACAAGUGGUACAAGAUGGUGCCCUGUGGCAAGCGGGUCUUGGCCGUCACCGAGACGCUGCAGAUGGGCAUCUAUCACUUCUCCGGGCUCUUUGUGCUGCUGUGUGUCGGGCUCUGCGGCUCCUUGCUCACCUCCCUGGGCGAGCACGUCUUCUACCGCCUCAUCCUGCCCCGCAUCAAGAGGAAGAAGAAAUUCAACUACUGGCUGCACACCAGCCAGAAAAUCCACCGGGCGCUGAACGUGGGCUUCGAGGAGCAGAAAAACCAAAAGCUGAGACUUGAGAAAAGGUGCAACAUUCAGAAGAGCGAAGAGGCACCAGCCCCAAAUACCAGUCAGCCAAGCUGGAACAACCUCAGGAAGGCCACCAGGAAAGAGGACAAGCGGGUGCAUUUCAACAUGGAGCAGACGCCCUCUGAGCCAGCGCAGGAGAGGGAGGUGCCUGUGUGGCACUGCACAAACGGCAGGGUGCCCCAGCCGGAGGAGUGGGAUGCUAGCGAGAAGGAGCUCAGGGAGCUGGAGGGACGGAUCCAGGCAAUCAGGGAUCAGCUGAGAGCGGCCCUGGUGCGGAAGAGCGAGCUGGUGGUGACGUUGGGGCCCACCAAGAACAUCCGCAUGCUACCUGUUAAGCCUAUUGUCGAGAAGAACGAGGACAGGUAA